AAAGGGUUAAGCCCACAGAGGAUCGCCAGGGUCUGGGUCCUAGAGAGGCCAGGCUGGGGGGGUUUCCGGUUCCGGUGCUCGGACACCUGGAACUUUAGUGGCCCACCCCGGCUCUGGUGUGUGCAUGGGGAGAGCUCCAGCCCCGUGGUUCCCUGGUCCCUCCUGCCCACCGGCUUUCCUUUAAGAAAGAACGGCCCCUUUCCUCCCUUCCUCUUCUUUCUCCCCUCUUUUCUCCAGGAUGGAGGGAGGGUUGGAACCCGGGAACCCAGGGCUCCAAGCACACGAAGAAGAGGGUCUGAGAAGUGACGAGUCCGGGGAUGGAGGAGAGGAACAAGUAGGGGCCGGAGAGUUGGGACGCCCGAGCCCUAGGAGGGGCCUGGAAUGCCCUUUUCUCCCUUUGGGGCACAGAAAUAGGGAAGACGCCACUUUUCAUCCAGCAGUUCUGGAGGACGAGAGAGCUCCAGGCCUGGCUUCUGGAGACCUGCUCCCCAGCCCUGUUUUCAAGCUCCCCUCAGGACCCCCGCCUGAAAGGCCCUUUCUUGUCUGGCCAGGCCAGCCGGCUGCCCGCGAAAUGAUGCUAGGGCUCCAGAGGCUGUGUGGAGCAGGCCAGGGUGAGGGGGAGGAGAAACUUGCUGGAAUAGGUCUCAGGACAGCCCUCCCAGGGUCCAGGCCUUUUGGUUGCUUCCAGUGCGGACUGACUGUAGCUUGUCUCCCCGAUCUGAUUCACCACCAGGGUACUCACCCAGGGGAGAAGCCAUACAGGUGUCCUGAGUGUGGGAAAGAGUUUCGAAGAGGCUCAGACCUAGUAAAGCACCACCGAGUGCACACUGGGGAAAAACCUUACCCCUGUCCAGACUGUGGCCGUUGCUUCAGCCUUAGCUCCAACCUGAUCCAGCACCGAAGAUCACACACAGGCCACCGGCCGCACAAAUGUCCCGACUGUGGUGAGGGCUUUGGCCGGAGCUCAGACUUAGUGAAGCACCAAAGGGUCCAUACAGGUGAGAAACCAUACACUUGCUCUGAGUGUGGCAAGAACUUCAGUGUCAGCUCCAACCUCAUCCAGCAUCAGAGAACUCACACAGGAGAGAAGCCAUAUAAGUGUGCAGACUGUGGAAAGAGCUUCAGCCUGAGCUCUAACCUGCUGCAGCAUAGGAGAUCACAUACUGGGGAGAAGCCCUAUAAAUGUGGUUGGUGUGGGGACAGCUUUGGCCGAAGCUCCUAUCUGCUCAAACACCAGCGUUCUCACACAGGUGAGAAGCCCUAUAAUUGCUGUGAAUGUGGCAAGAGCUUCACUAACAGCUCUGACUGUCUACGCCAUCAGCGGACCCACAAUGGUGAGAAGCCCUUCAAGUGUCCUGAUUGUGGUAGAGGCUUCAAUGAGCGUUCACAGUUCACAGACCACCAGCGAAUUCACACAGGAGAGCGACCUUAUUCCUGUGCAGACUGUGGCAAGAGCUUCUACCACAGCUCUAAACUUAUCAAGCACCAGCGUUCUCACACAGGAGAAAAGCCCUAUAAGUGUCCUGAAUGUGGCAAGAGCUUUGUGGAUAGUUCAAACCUCCUCCGACACCGACGGACCCACAUUGGGGAGAAGCCAUAUACUUGUAGUGUCUGUGGAAAGGGGUUCAGUCAGAGUUCCCACCUGCUUAUCCACCAGGCAGCCCAUAGUGGUGAAAAGCCUUAUGUUUGUCUUGAGUGUGGGAAGGCUUUUGCCCGAAGUUCUAACCUGGUCCAGCACCAGAGAACCCAUCAGGGUGGGCGUCCCUAUAAAUAUCCUACUUUUGGUCAGAACUUUGGCCUUGGCCCUGAAUUUCUUCAGGACCUUGGGAGUUCUUCAGGAGCUGGCUUCCUCUGAUCCCUAGCUAGUAAAAUUGACAGAGCCCAGGUCAGAUAUACUCUGGGAUGUGAGCUUUGGUCUUUUUGGGGGUAUCCUUUGUGUCCUGGAACGUACUUCCUCUUUGGGGACAGGAACAUAGAUUCUUUCUUGUUAUCCUGCUGGACCUUUCAGUUAAUUGAUGAAUAGGCUUUAAGGGCUAAGGCAGACAGGGCUAGAAAAAAAAAGACUUUGAGAGAACAGCAUAGUUAUCUUACAAAAUUUUAAAGACUGUAAUGUAGAAAAGGGUACAGACUCAUUUGGUGUAACUCCUAGUGGCAGAACUAGGGCCAAUGAGUAGUUUAAUUAAAGCUAUCUGUUUUUAAAAUGGGACUGAGGUAGUUAGAACUUUAAUUUCCUGUUACUUGCCUUCUCCACGCAGACACUGGAUGAUUUAUCUAUCUGAAGUAUCAUAGAGUAGAUUCAAUACUAGGAGAGGUUGGAAUAGAUUACCUAUAAGGUCUUUUCCACCUCUAUGUUCUAUGAUUUUGUAGUUCUAAGGCCGUGUUGGGGUUGAUAGGACACAUUUAGACCUAAGCUGUCAGGAGGCUUCACUGAUACUAUGGGAAGAGCUAUAUGCCAUAGAAGGAAACAGGAUGGUAUGUAGGCCCAACUACAGAGGGCAAAGAAUGGGUGACAUAGUUCUCAUGAGAUCAGCUUCUGGAGCUCUGGAGGCUUAGGGAGAUAUCCUGGAAGCUAAGGGAAGAUGGGUAACUUUGGGUUCCCAGCUAGUGUCCUUUAGCCAAACUACAUGACAUUUGUUUUCGCUACUAGUGUCUUUCCAGGGUUCUUAUGUUGCUCCCCAGUCACAAGAGGAAGACAUUGUAUAUGCUUCGUCACACUAAGAUGUUGGACAUUUUGUGUUUUAUCUUUAAGGAGUAGGUGUACAGCCUGGGGAAGGUAGUGUUUAAUUCAAAGGAAUUUAUUGGUAAUGAUGGAAUUUAAUCUUGCAGUGAGAGAGAGAGAUUGGGGGCUUGGUGGAGAACCGUUUUCAGAGUUUCCCAAGGAACAGUGCUUUCAACUGUAGGUCCAGCCUCUUCCUAUUUCUUGAUACCCCCAACCCCUAUGCAGGUGCCCUGUGUCUUUGGGAAAGGCAAGGGCUGGUUGCACUGAGGCUGAUUAUUUCUUUCCAUAGGCCUACAUAGAAGCUUUGUGCCUGGCAGACCUAGAGUGGAUAGGAUCGAUCUUUUGCUAUAGAACAUAGCUCAGAGCUGUUGCCCUAGCAUAAAGAGAAGAGGCCUCAGGAUUCCUGGAUGUUGGGAGGGCUGAGGGGCCUUUGGAGGUGUUUGAAUGUUCUCAGAGAAAGUAUAAACAUUGGUUCCAGGCCUCAGCCCCCAAUAAAGAUGGUAUCUGUGAUUGAUUAUUCUUGUUUCAAACUCUCUCAUCCUGUUCUUUUUUUUCUCCAGAGGAUUCUCCCUGUACUUCAACAAAAUGGCUUUCCUGCCACCAGACCUCAUCCCUGGAUUUCUUCAUCUGGAGAUUUUCAAGUUCUAAGAUGCCUUCCCAUGACAUAUGCAGACGAGAAGGGGAUAAACUACUCCAGAUGCAGGUGUCUCAUUUCACAAAAGGACAGGGGGAAUCAUUCCUGUUUUGUAUCCCAUUCCCCCAUCUAGUCAUCUGAAGUGGUGAUGUCUACAAUAACAACAAAGUUCUGAUUUUAUACUUGGGAAUUUAUUCUAAAAUACAUUGACCUACCUGUCACUUUUUCAGCUUUCUGGUUUUUCUGUAAAUUCUUUCUGUUAACUUAGAUUUUACUGGCUGGAAGAUCUUUGGCAUUAUGGGAUUUAGAGCUAAAUGGGAUCUUAAUAGAUUAUCUCAUCCAAGACCUUCAUUUUAUAAAUGAGGAAACUGAGGGCUAAAGAAGUUGUAUUUUGCCACCCGCAAGCAGUGUGUGUGUUUCUGGUCAUAUAAACAGUAAGUACCAGAGCCAAGAUUCAAACAUGGAUCUUCUGACUCCAAGUCUAGAGCUUUUUGCCCUAAGCUAGUGUUUAGUUUGCAGACCUGAGGGCCUUAACUGUUUACUUCCUCUUCUGGUUUAUUAAGGGAAAAAAGUUACGUAAGACAAGUCUUAAUGCCAGUACUAGAGAACACCACUGUUCUGGAAUUCUUCCAGAGAAGUGUUCACUUAUCUUUAUCCUUUGUUUAAGCUCUGCAAAAGGUUAUCAAGUCCCAUGGGGACUUGUUUUGAUAAUUUUCUUUUGAAAAUUAAUAAAAGACUUUUUGAAAAAUAAAA